GCAGCUCGUGAGCUGAUCACAGCUGUGACAGAGACGCUGAAAUGCACGGAUCAUUCAAACUCAUGUAAAUGGCGGAAUUCCUCCAGCGCGAGCUGCUGCUGCUCUUUUUUGUUUCUGUCUCACUGUCAGGUGUUUUAAGCUUCAGUGAGUUAUUUUUCAUCAAGGAGCCUCACGACGUCACUGUCAUGCGUAAAGAAGCCGUGGUUCUGGAGUGUCAGGCUCGCGGAGAGUCGCCCAUCGACGUCCGGUGGCUGAAGAACGGAGUAAAAGUGACGGAGAGCGAGCGCAUGUAUCUGCUCUCCAACGGCUCCCUGUAUUUGUCAGAGGUGGAGAACAGAAGAGCAGAGCGAUCAGACGAAGGCUCGUAUCAGUGUCUCGCUCACAACAAGUACGGAGCCAUCCUGAGCCAGAGAGCACGGCUGACUAUUGCAAGUAUCUCCUCUUUCGUGCAGCAGCCGUCGUCGUCAGUGGCGACUGAAGGUUCAGUCGCCAGGUUUUCCUGUCAAAUCACCGCGUUCCCUCCUCCCAUCAUCACGUGGGAGCUCAAUCGAGUCACGUUACCUCUUUCCACUGAAAGAAUCACAGUCCUGCCCACAGGAGUUCUUCAGAUCCACGCCGUUCACACGUCAGACGCUGGAAAUUAUCGCUGCGUCGCCACAAACAUCGCCAGCCGCCGCCGGAGCAUCGAGGCAACGCUCACCGUCACCCCGGCUCCUCCUCGCCCUCAGCCUCCACAGAGACCUCGUAUCGUGGCGGGUCCUCAGAACGGGUCGGUGUGUGUGCAUCAGAGUGUUGUUCUGGAGUGCUUGGCGACAGGAAACCCUCGUCCUCUGGUCUCCUGGAGUCGAGCAGACGGUAAAUCCAUGGACGUCUACAACACUAAAGUGUUAGGAAGUGGAAACCUGAUGAUCACGGACGUCAGACCCAGACACGGAGGAGUUUAUCUGUGCAGAGCCACGACUCCCGGCACACGCAACUACACCGUCACCUCGGCCAACGUCACCGUGUUAGCGCCCCCGUCUCUGGUGGAGUGGCCUGAGAGUCUGACCCGCCCUCGUGCCGGCACCGCCCGCUUCGUGUGUCAGGCUGAAGGAAUCCCAGCGCCUCAGAUCACGUGGCUGAAGAACGGAGAGAGAGUUCAGUCCAACGGUCGAAUCAAGAUGUACAACAGCAAACUCGUCAUCAACCAGAUCACACCAGAGGACGACGCCAUCUAUCAGUGCCAGGCAGAGAACGCACAGGGAUCAGUUCUGUCCGUGGCCAGACUGAUUGUGGUGAUGUCCGAGGACCGACCCAGCGCUCCCCGGAGUGUCCGCGCAGACACCGUGUCCAGCUCUGCCAUCCUGCUCGCCUGGGACAGGCCGCUGUUCAACUCUGACAGAGUCAUCGCUUACUCUGUGCACUACAUGAGAGCUGAAGGAUUAAACAACGAGGAAUAUCAAGUUGUCAUUGGAAACGAUACAACUCGCUACAUUAUUGACGACCUGGAGGCGGCUCACAACUACACCUUCUACGUGGUGGCCUACAUGCCCAUGGGAGCCAGUCGCAUGUCGGACCACGUGAUCCAGCACACGCUCGAGGACGUUCCUGUCCGUGCUCCUGAGCUCAGCCUCACCAGCCGCAGUCCCACAGACAUCCACGUGUCAUGGCAGCCUCUUCCAGAUAAGCUGAGCCGCGGCCGAGUGUCAGCUUACCGUCUGUCGUAUCGCACCAGCGCCGAGAACGCGGUCUCACAGGUGGAAGUACCAGGCGACAGAACCAGCCAGCUCCUGCAGAACCUGCAGCCGGACUCCAUCUACCUGCUGCGUAUCGUUGCUGCCACAGGCGUGGGCUGGGGCGAGCAGUCCGCGUGGACGUCUCAUCGCACGCCGAAGGCUUCGAGCGCACGAGUUCCUCUGGCUCCUGAGCUUCUCCUGGAGCCUCUGAACUGCACGACGGUGUCCGUGCGCUGGCGGCUGUCGCUCACACACUCAGCCGCUGUUCAGGGUUUCAGACUCUUCUACCACGAGGAGAGUGAGACAGAGAGCGCUCCACUCCAGCUGCUCGCCUCACAACACGCUCACACCAUCGGAGGACUCGAUCCAAGGAAGAAAUACCACGUUAAACUUCUGGCUUAUAACUUUGUUGGCGACGGUUACCAGGCAGAUCAAACUGUCAGCACUCCUGGCUGCGUCUCUGUUCGAGAUCGUCUGGUUCCGCCUCCUCCUCCACCGCACAACGUCCACGCACAGACCAACACUUCCAGCGCUGUGUUUCUGCACUGGGGUCGACCGGCCUUCACCUCCAGCCACGCUGUCGGCUACACGGUCCGCUGUAACCCUGUGGGCCUGCAGAACGCCUCCCUGGUUCUCUACCUGCACACGAAUGAGCAGAGUCUUCUUCUCAAAGAUCUACAGCCAAACACCAAGUAUGAGUUUGCGAUUCGCCUUCACAUGGAUCAGCUGUGGAGUCCCUGGAGUCCUGUGGUUUAUCAGACCACUUUAGCUGAAGCUCCCAUGUCGCCUCCUUCCAACGUGAAAGUGACUCUGAUUGAAGGAGACACGGCGCUGGUUUCAUGGAAGCCUCCGGAUGAAGCUAACGCCGCUGUGACGCGCUACACAGUCCUCUACGCGUCCAGAAAUGCAUGGAUUGCUGGGGAAUGGCAGGUGCUGCACAGAGAAGGGUCAAUCACCAUGGCACUGCUGGAGAACCUGAAGCCUGGUCUGGUUUACGUGGUCAAAGUUUCUGCCUCUAACGACGUGGGCGAUGGACCGUUUUGUCCCACAGUGGAGCUGAGGGUGUGGUCAGACGUCUCCUCCACAGGCUUCUCUGAUGGUUUCUAUCACCUGGAUGAGAAAUCAGUGACGGGGAUCACGGUGGGCGUGUGCAUCGCUCUCAUCUGCAUCAUCAUCUGUGCGUUCAUCAUCGUCUGCAGAGGCCAAAACAGGACAUUCUCAGCGGUGAAAUCACACAGAGGAGCGAGCUCAUCUUCUCCAGCUGCAGGACAGCCGGGCUCUGAUGGACACGCGGAGGACAGCGUGGACGUGAGUGUGACGAUGAGUCCAAACCAUUUCAUUGAUGCAAAGGGUGGAACAAACCUCAGGAUUAACUGUCUCGGUCCAGUUCAGCUCGGUUCUGAGAAGAAAAACAAAUGGUUUUCCUUCAGAAAGAACGGGAAACAGGAGAGUACAGCAGUGCAGAAUCUGAGACACGGCUCCGUCUCCUACCACCCGGGCAGCACAGUGUUGACCUACGACGACGAGCUGUCUUCAGACCAGACCUGCAGAACCCUGCAGGUGCUGCUGGGACAUCCUGGAGACACGGAGGGCUCUUCAAACAGCGAGGGCAGCCACGAGACCGGGGACUCUGGACGCUUCUCUCACGACGAGACGGAGCUCACCGACCUUUCAUCUGCAGCCAGCAGCCGUCUGCCGUCUCUCACCGCGGAGGACAGCGGGAGCUCGGACUGCAGCGGAGGAGGAGGAGGAGGAGGAGGAGGAGGAGAGUCAUGAUGGAGUCUGCUGAGAGUGUGUGUGUGUGUGUGUGUGUGUGUGUGUGUGUGUGUGUGUGCGUGUUCACUGUUUGUCAAAGGAAUCGUUUCAGCCUUUUAGGAUUUGCUUGAAUUAACUUUCUUCUGGGUAUUUUGAUGAGAAGAUUAAUCGCACUCUUAACUUAAAGCCUGUGACCUGUGACCUGUGACCUGUGACCUGAGUAUCACACAGGGUUACAUACAGUACAUGCUUUAACUGAAGCUAAGUGACCUUUAACUAUGCAGCUUUAAGCAGAGUAAUGCUAAUCAUCUGCUGAAGUGAUGCAUAGUUGUCCUGUUUUCUUUUCUUCACCUUUGACCUCAACGAUCAGGAAGCCGUGUGACCUUGUUUUUCACGUCUUUCUUGUUUGUCAUGAAUGUCUUUGUUUUUUUGUCCUCUCUUAAUUUGUGCUUGAAUGUUUAUUUUAAAUCUCACCCACCAUGAAUGUUUCACUUAUUUAAGAGAGAGUUUAUCACUGGAGCGAAAGGGAAGAGUGAGUGUUGUUCGCUGAUUAUCUACCUCGGUUUACGUCGGGCUAAACCUUCCACUGUAUAUUUAAUAAUAUGUUCUGUGAUUGUUCUGAUUUAUGGGAUGGUGAGGGCGCUGCUGCAGCUUCUUCCUCCUCCUGAUCCACGUGUGGUGUGGACUGAGCCAGUAUUAAUAAUUAUUGCGUAAUGGUAUGAUAGUGAUGAUGAUAAUAAUAAUAACGUGCGUGUAGAUCAUUGUGCAGCUGCCCUUGCUCCUCCUGUUUUAUACUACCUCGUUUGAGAAUUGAUUUUAUUUGUCUUAUUGUCUCCUAAACUCAGGGAACAAGGUUUAGUACAUUUGAAAAAGCUGUGUAUUUGUACAUGGUGAAGUGACAGGGUAUCUUCUCAGUACUAAACUCUUGUACUACGUGCUACUAUAUGCUAUGAAUGUAUCUUUGAUUGCAUUGUUUUGUCGACUUCUUCCUUUUUGUUCACUUAAACAUUGACACCAGAAGUGCUUUGCCGCUCGUUGGUACAGAAAAGCUUUACUUUGUGUGGAGAUCGUCCCUCAGACGCCCAAACCAAAGCCUAAUCUGUCUGAGGGAGGACGCCACGCAUGAAGAAUGAUUGUAGUGUAAUCACACAUGAAAGUGAAGACGUGAAUGCAAAUCUAUAUUUUUAUUAGACUAUAUGUACUACUGAGUACACACUGUAGUUACUGUGUUGCUUUGCUGUAGAGUAGAUCAAAAUUAGCACUUGUCUGCAAAGUAGUUUUGUUUGAUCAGCCGAUGAUCAGCGGUGACUGCGACGCUGUGUUUGCUACCUGAGUUUAUUUCAGAGGAAAUAAUCACAACACAUUUCACCAAACACUCAAACGCUGCACAUCAGUGGCCUUGACCCGCGACACCGACGGCGGCGUCAUGGGUUCAAAUCCCUCAGAUUAAUAAUCAGCCUCCUGCACAUGUCACAGAGUUCCUCCUCCUAACGUGUUGCAAACAGAUGUCUGUACAUUCUAGGUGAACAUUAUACAAAUACACUAUAUAUUAUAUUGAUUAGUGGUCUGUUUGCAGUUUUCACACCACGGUUUUUUAAUCAGAGGAUUCUGUGCAGGAUUCAAUCAUAUUUGGGAUGAAAUGUGACACAAUCACUUUAAGUUUCUUUAUGAAAAGCAAAGAUUUGAUGUUAAAGGUCACCGCUGCACAUCGGCAGAGAUUGAUUGUAAAAUAUUCUACCUCUGUGUGAAAUGUUGCUUCUGUUAUUUUACAACAGUAUAAUAUGUUGUACUUUCAGGAAGCAAAAUCCAGAUGUUUUUUUAUUUUAUUUUUAUUUGUCUUUUGUCUUUGAAGAUAAAACUUUAUCUUGAAAUGGACACAAACAUUUCCAUUCUACUUUAGCCAAUAAUGUGUCUGUGUUGACAAAAGCAACACAAACGUUCUUUUUAUAGCUGCAGAUGAAAUACACGGGUCAUUACUGUGUGUGUGUGUGUGUGUGUGUGUGUGUGUGUGUGUGACAACAGUCAUGAAUAGUGUUAUGUUUUGAAUGUGAAUUUAAAGUGUUUGCAGAGCAGUUGUUUGUCAUUUACAAUCAAACUCAGGGGAACUCACAGCUGCUCGUCCUUAAAAAGGAAACAAGUGUCAACUCUUAAAAAUUGAAUGUAUCUUUUCUAAUGAUGUUGUUUUUUUUCUGUUGAUGUUUUGUUAUUUUGUGUCUGUUUGUCUGCAACAUUACUGCCAAAAAUGUGUUUCAAUUAUGAAAAAUCUGUUUAAAUAAAAACGUUCACAAAAUGAAAA